CGCUGCUCUCUCAGGACUACAGUUCCCGUGGAAACACUGGAAGGGGCGGAGCUUCGGGAGCUCUUGAGAUGAGAUUCAUUCACGUAUUUUAGCGGAGGGUUUGACUGAUCUGACAGCAGCUAUGACUGAGGGAACGCACCUGCGGAGGCGAGGGGGGCCGUAUAAGACGGAGCCAGCCACAGACCUAAGCCGCUGGAGGCUGACCAAUGUGGAGGGCCGGCAGACGUGGCGGUACCUGGAAGAUCAGGAGACCACAGACAGAGAGCAGAGCAUGCUGGAGGCCCAUUCACUCGGCUUGGACACGAGUAAGUUUGUGUUCGACUCUCCAGCCGCCCACACUGCUGUGGACGCCGCAGUGAAAGGCAUGCACUUCUACAGUCAAUUGCAGGCCGAGGAUGGUCACUGGGCAGGAGACUAUGGAGGGCCUCUCUUCCUGUUGCCAGGUCUCCUGAUCACCUGCCAUGUAGCUAAGAUCUCUCUGCCUGAGGCUUGGAAGAAGGAGAUGGUGAGGUACCUGCGCUCAGUCCAGCUCCCUGAUGGAGGCUGGGGUCUACAUGUUGAAGACAAGUCCACCGUCUUUGGCACAGCGCUGAGUUACACCUCACUUCGGAUCCUGGGAGUGGAUCCCGAUGAUCCAGACAUGGUUCGUGCCAGGAACAACCUGCACAGCAAAGGUGGAGCAGUUGGGAUUCCCUCGUGGGGUAAAUUCUGGUUGGCCAUUUUGAACGUCUACAGCUGGGAGGGAAUGAACACGCUCCUGCCUGAGAUGUGGCUCUUCCCCACCUGGAUGCCGGCCCACCCCUCCACCCUGUGGUGUCACUGUCGGCAGGUCUACCUACCGAUGAGUUACUGUUAUGCCGUCAGACUGGCCGCAGACGAAGAUCCCCUGGUUCUCAGCCUCAGACAGGAGCUUUACGUGCAGAACUAUGCUUUUAUAAACUGGCCAGCGCAGAGGAACAACGUGGCAGCAUGUGACAUGUACACACCUCACAGCACACUCCUCACAGUCGCUUACAUGGUGUUAAAUGUAUACGAAGCCCACCACAGUACCACGCUGAGAGGAAAAGCAGUCAAAGAGCUGUAUGAUCACAUCGAGGCCGACGAUCGCUUCACGAAAUGCAUCAGCAUUGGCCCGAUCUCCAAGACUAUCAACAUGCUGGUUCGCUGGUAUGUCGAUGGUCCCUCCUCUGCAGCCUUUCAGGAGCACGUGUCCAGGAUCCCGGACUACCUCUGGUUGGGACUGGAUGGAAUGAAAAUGCAGGGGACGAAUGGAUCUCAGCUCUGGGACACCUGCUUUGCUGUGCAGGCUUACCUCGAGGCAGGAGCUCAGGACGACCCAAAACUAGCUGAAUGCCUUCGAGACGCCCAUCAGUUUCUCACUAUCACACAGAUCCCGGAGAAUCCUCCUCAAUAUCAGAAGUACUACAGACAGAUGAAUAAGGGAGGUUUCCCCUUCAGUACCCGUGACUGUGGUUGGAUUGUGGCCGACUGCACUGCAGAAGGCCUGAAGUCACUGAUGCUGCUGCAGGAGCUCUGCCCCUCCAUCAGGCAGCCCGUCCCCUCUGAGCGUCUGUGUGAUGCCGUCAACGUGCUGCUGAGCAUGAAAAACACAGAUGGUGGAUUUGCCACAUAUGAAACUAAGAGAGGAGGGAGACUCCUGGAGCUGCUCAACCCCUCUGAGGUUUUCGGCGACAUCAUGAUUGAUUACACAUAUGUGGAGUGCACCUCAGCAGUUAUGCAGGCUCUGAGGCAUUUCCAGAAGGUCUACCCUGAUCACCGUGCCGAAGAGAUAAGGUCGACUCUGAGAGAGGGGCUGGAGUACUGCAGGAAAGUUCAGAGACCUGAUGGAUCUUGGGAAGGUUCCUGGGGAGUCUGCUUCACGUAUGGGAUGUGGUUUGGCCUGGAAGCUUUUGCUUGCAUGGGUCACGUGUACGAGAACGGACAUGUGUGCGAAGAGGUGCAGAAAGCCUGUCAGUUCCUGCUGGACCGGCAGAUGCCAGAGGGAGGGUGGGGGGAGGACUUUGAGUCAUGUGAGCAGCGUCGCUACAUCCAGAGUGGCUCCGCUCAGAUACACAACACCUGCUGGGCUCUGUUAGGGCUGAUGGCUGUCAGGCAUCCUGACAGGAAGUCCAUUGAGAGGGGAGUACAGAUGCUGAUUGACAAGCAGUUGCCCAACGGAGACUGGCCACAGGAGAAUAUUGCAGGUGUGUUCAAUAAAAGCUGUGCCAUCAGCUACACCUCAUACAGAAACGUCUUCCCGAUCUGGACCCUCGGCCGCUUCUCACGACUUUAUCCCACCAGUGGGCUGGCCGGGAAGGUCAAGCUCUGAACAGACUGCAUGCCAAAAAACAUCAAUGUCUCCAACAAAAAAUAGAAAAACAACAUUUACUGGAACACAUAAUCUCUGUUUUUAAGUCACACCUGAAAUGACUCAAUGAACAUGCACCAUUGAUGUGUUUCAGCUGCGAACACAUUUCAUUCUUUGAAUUACUUCCUGUCCACACAGCCAGAGCUCCUCCUUAAAAUCCUUUCUCAGUCUGAUCUUAAACAUUCAUGUACACAAAACAGACUCCUGUCCAUGUCGCCUUACAUCCCCUUUUACUUGUAGUUUACUCUUUAUUUGAUCUUAAUAAUUAAAAAAGAAAUACAGAGUUUGGCUUUGUCAUCUCUUCCUGAAGUACACAAAACAUAUUGGCAGACGAGGGUGAUGAGGAAGAAACAGUAGAGGAAACACUCACAGAGAUUUUUCAUUAACAGGUUCUAUGCAGUCAGGAGGGUUUCAUGAUCCCAGCAAAACUCAGUAACACAAAGCACUGCCACCAUCACAUCUCAUGAUGUUUUAACAUUUAUUUACGCUCACAGUCAACUGUUUUCUGCAACAACGCCUGCAUCCCCUACUGCAGCACAUAGCCGAGGUUAUUGAUACCAAUCCUACCAUUAUGUUUUCUAGGCUGGAGUCCAGCAGCUUGUGUGGUAAAGAGUUAAUUUAUUAGAAGAACUGUGUGUCAAGUGUACAAAAAAAAGCCUUGUGUUGUGGCUUGGUGGCUUAGUGGGAGUGUCACUUUUGAGGAAAAAAAAGUGCACUUGGAAACAAACAUAACAAAGCUUCACAACUGGUUAAUCCAGUGUGCUCCAUCUUGAUAUUUGUUCAGAGUCGGAGGCGUGACAACAUGCUAAGAAAGCAGGUUUCACUGCAUCUUCCUCAACUCUGUGAAAAUAUAAUAUCAGUGCCAAACGAGGUUUCAGGUUAACCUUUGUUUGUUACCUGAAAGGACGGACCAAGUAUAUUUGGAGGUAUUUAUAACAAUGGGCAAAAUCUUCUAAAAGCCAAGUUGGUGAAUUCAAAAAUAAUUUUUGUGUAAUAAUUAAUCAGCUGAAAAAAAGCCAAAGAUAAAAACCCACUCUGAUGUUGGUUAUCAACUUUAUAUAUCAAGUUUCUGCCUCAGGAUCUGUGCACGCUUCUUGGUAUAUGCUCUGUGUUCCAUUAGAGGUAUUUAACACCUGUACUGAUGUAUUUUCUGAUGAUCUGAGUAGGUGGUGAUUUCAUACCUGCUGAUCUCUAAUCUGGAAAGUAACCUGAAGCCCAAACCAGGCAACAGGAAUUCAGCUUAUCCAGGAAACGUCAGGGUAACCCCGGGCUUUAUGUACAGAGGUGGUUCACUUCUUACCAGGCUCCUGAAUCAAUUCUCCUAAAAUAGCAUUACUGUUUCUGAAAGAUGCUUCAGACCUCUGCGAGGAGAGUAGGAGCGUCAAGUGUGUGUUUCUCUGAUGGGCAUAAAAUAUAAGAUUUUUUGCUACAGUUUUAAUCAUUUUAGCAUUUAUAUAUAAUCCUGAAACCGGACAUCCAAUCUGUGCCAACCUCCAACCUCUAAUUUGCAUGCUUGAAUUCUGAAGUUUAAACAUAAUGUUUACUGUCAAACCCUUAAACAGCACCAAGUCUGCAGCUGAGAGAACAUCUGGCUCCAUUUUAUCACCUCAGUGAUAAAAUAAUUAACUGGAAUUAAAAUGUUUAUUUUAAUGUGCAAAUAAUGAGAUGAAUGGUUUGCUUUACUCACCUGGGAAUAUUUAGCAUUUCACUGUCAUAUUUUUAUGGCCUUUCUACAUUUUUAAUUACCAUUUCAUCAUCGUCAUCUGACAGUGUGUCUGACUGGAGAUGGUGACACGCAUAGGGAUCAUAAUCAUAUGAUUAUGUCAACACAUGGGAAAAACCUAAAUUAACUUAGUGAGGUGAUAACCACUUUAAUUCCAACUGCCAAUGUUAGGAUUGAACUUAUGAAUGCAACACCUUUAAAACAGUCUUGACUUGAAUAUGUAGCCCUGCAAACGAAACAAACAACUAUUAUAAAAGAUAAAUUAUAAAAAAAACUUUCUCUGAAGUUCCUGUUUCUAAGGCUGUACAGAUAUAAUAUAACAUAUAAUCACAACUGUUUUGCAUGAGAAAAAUGCAGGAACAAACAGCCCUGUCAAUCACACUGUUCACUCACAAAGUACUUAAGCAUGAAAUCGAAGUGCAUUUGUGUGUUACUCUAACCCGUGUGCUCUUACAUCAACAUGUAAUUCUGGUUUUUAUCAGUGUGUGCAUGGUCAGUUGCAGACUCUAACACUAUAUUUGACCUUUAAAUGGGCGUUCAGCAUACUUCAGGUUGAGGUGUGGCUUUACAUAUAAAAAGUGGCAGGUGACAGGUGAGUCAGUGGAUCAAGUUACCAGCACGCAGUUUUGGUGAACUCACUCUGAUCUGAACUUACAGGGUGUGAGGUUUGAAAUUUGGAGAUGUCUGGAAAGGGAAGAGGCGGGCAUUGUCAUGAAGGAGGACAUGGACAUGGCCAUGGUGGUGGACAUGGUCAUGGUGGUGGACACGGACAUGGCCAUGGUGGUGGACAUGGCCAUGGUGGUGGACAUGGUCAUGGUGGUGGACACGGACAUGGCCCUCAUGCUCAUGGAUGUGAGAAGAAGCAGAGGCGCCGGCACAAGCAAGGACACAGGCACCUCAAAUGCCACAAGAAGGGGAGGGAUUGUCACGGGGACUCCAGCAGCUCCUGCAGCAGUGACUCUGACUAGAUGAAGAUUUCUGGGGGGACCUGCAUGGAAACAUUGCUAUUUUAUACUUUCUGCUUUUAAUAUUACAUUUUUUUAACACAUGUAAGGAACAAAAAUAAACAUAAAGAAUAUGUAAAACAGAAGGUUGCUUCCCACAUCUAUAAAAACUGGAUGGUUUGUGGAGUAUCAUUUUAAGCCUUGAGCUUUGCCAUGCUUGCCUUGUUUUUUGAAUUAGAACAUGACAAGGGUGGCUCAACCCUACCUGAGAAACUGAGGAAACUGCAUUCUCACUGGGUAGCAACCUGCCAAUCACAAGGCAGCUCCGCCUUAAAGCAAAGCCUUCAUCAAUCUCUCUUUUAAUUGGAACAUGACUUUCAAAAAAAUAUUAUGUUGUAGAGCUAACCAUAAAGUCAUGUGUAAAGUGUUUACUGAGGUCAUAAAUCAGGCUAAGGCUACGUCCACACGUACACGGGUAUUUUUGAAAAUGCAGAUUUUUCUAUGCGUUUGCACCUUUCUUCCACACGUAAACGGCGUUUUCGGUCACUGAAAACUGAGAUUUUUAAAAACCCCUGCCAGGGUGGAGAUUUUCGAAAACUCCUUUUUUGACGUCACACUGUGCGCCACGUUAUUGUUUCGGUUCUACAAUGGCGGACUUAGACAAAAUAAAUUUACUGUUCUCUGCAGUGUUUAAAUGCUUGCAUAUACACACACAGUCCCAGACUACCUCUGGUCAGUCAGCCGAUCUUGAACAAUUCAGUAAUAAAACAAACCAAACUCCAGCUUCAAGAACAACUUCAACCAUGCAACAUACAGAUGGAAAAAAAUCAUUUACAAAAGGUGAAAAACUGAUAAACUUAAGUUCUCUGUGUACCAGGUUGGGACUGGAUGGGAUGAAAAUGGUGUGAAUUUGUUCUGUUUUUGUUUUACCAGUUUGAAGGUGUUUUUGUGAGGAUCUUUGCACUUGCAGCUUACAAAAGAAGAGCCAUAAAACUCUUUAUUGAGCCUUUAUUAAACCCAUAAUAUUCUCUUGGCAGAAAGAUGUCAAGUGUGAGACAUAGAGGAGGAUGGUCCAUCAUCGGUGUAGAAAGAAGAAUCCAUAGAAUCAGUUUAGGUGACCGCUGAAGUUCAGGAAUAGCCCAAAAUCUACUUGAAUACAUAAACUUAUUGCCUUCUAAACACAUUGUUUUAGUUUACUUGUUUGUUUCAUGCUUUGGGUUUAAUUCCAUCUCUUCUCUGACACAGGGGAUGAAUGGAGCUUAGCUCUGGGACACCUGCUUCACUGUGCAGGCUUACCUCGAGGUAACAUAUAGAUGACCUCUAAUUCUUACAAUAGUUUCAGCCCAAGUACAUUUAGGCUCAUGUGUAACAGCUCUUCUACUGUAUUUGACUCACCACCUGGGGACAGGGGAGGGUCCUCAGCUAAAGGAGCUCAUUUGCAUUAGUAUUCAGUAUCCACCCAAUGCUUUCAAUUCCUUAAUUAAACACUUUAAGCAAUCAAGUGCUA